AUGCUCAUUCCUUCUUCGUCUAUCUACCUCAGCCUCGACGAGAAGCCGACGGGCCCCGAAUCGUUCCUCAAGACGUCGGCAGGAGGGGCCAGCAUCCCUCCGCUGCGAAAGGAUCUGGCCAUCAGCGGACAGGGUGAAUUCUGCUUCCACGCCAACGCCAGCGCCCUCGACGUGCCCGGCUCGACGAUCGCCGACGGCACCAAUGCCACCAUCAUGGUCGAGUUCAUUUCGGUCCACGGCCAUCUCUACCAGUGCUCGGACGUCAGGUUCACGUCGGAUGCAAGCGUCGGCGCCAACCUGACCUGCACCGACUCGCUCAAGGCCAACGCCGCCGCCGCCGCCGGCAGCACGUCGUCGACGCCCGCAUCGACGUCCAGCGGCGGCCCGGCGGCACCUUCCGCCACCGCGCCGACCAGGAGCGGCGGCAGCGAGAAUGCCGCAUCCAGCAUCUCCCCCUCCCUCUUUGCCUCUCUGGUGGCUGCUGCUGCGGCGGCGGCGGUCGCCUCGGCCCUCGGCCCAGGCAUCUCAUGCCUGCUCUGA